AUGAACAUGAUGAAGAUGAAGCCAUCGACUCUAGAAAAGAGAAAGCUGAAGGCAAAGAUGAAAGAGAUUACGAACAACGACGAGGCGACUUCCUCUUGUUCUUCGUCUUCUACCUCAAACCUCAAUUCCACUCGAAGGGUUUCGCGAGUGUCUCAUAGAUUGCGGAAUCAUACGGUGCGGUUAGGUAUGGCUCGACGAAGCGUCGGGGAACGACAAGCCGAAGCCUUGGCUCUUCCUCUGGGCAUGUCAUUUGCGGCAUUUGCCAAUCUGGUUCUUGAGAGAAAGAGUGCCGCAGGUCAGAAUGUAUAUGUCGAUGAUCUUGCAGUGAUUUCUGCUUCCGCUGUCAAAGAAUCUUUAGCCAAUGUGUAUGGUAAUAAGCUCGGUUCCUUUGCGACAAACUUUGAGAAAUCAUUUAACAGUACUCUAAGGAUCCUUAAAUUGAUCAAUGAAUCUGCAUAUCCGCGUGAGUUUGACAAUAGUAAUGUUGGGAGUUAUAAUUUAGACCGUUCUACAAUAGACGGAUGCUCGGACAGCGAGCGAUCUGCAAAGGAGACUUCAUCUGCUACGUCUGCAUAUGAAGCGAUUCAAGGCAAUGCAAGAACAACAACCUCUUCGAUGAAUGAGAUUGUCUUGCACGAAGAGAUUCGACAACUCUCUGGCUUCCCUAGAAGCUCAGCGAUGUCUUUGACGACAGUCGAAAGGUCUUUAGAAGAGCAAGCACGAGCAAACGACCUAAAGAGCAUGGAGAUUGGUCUUACAAUGAGGAAACUAAGGCUGAAAGAGACGGAGCUUGCACUGAGCUACGAAUCAAACAAUCUUGGGAAAUCGAAACUAGAGAUGGGUGUUUCGAAAGCUGCGUUCAGAGCCGAGAAGUUCAAAACCGAAUUAGAAGACUCAAGAAAAACCGAGAUGGUCACAAGAAUCAUGGACUGGCUCGGUCUAAGCGUCUUCAUCAUGCUGUCUUCUAUGUUAUACGGCGCUUGGAUCUUCUCUCAGCAGAGAAUCAUGGAAGCUACCUCAUUAUGCCAGCCAUCCGAAGAGAAAAACUCUUCUUGGUGGGUUCCUAAACAAGUUUCGUCGUUCAACACGGAUCUUAACAUCUUCAUCUGCCGGCUUCGAGUUUGGGUUCAGAUUUUCUUCGGCGGCCUGAUGAUCCUCGUCUUCACGUACUUCAUAAUCCAACGCUCAUCAGGCGGUACGAAGCAGACAAUGCCGGUAACUUUCAUCGUUCUCUUCCUCGGUAUUGUUUGCGGUUUACCUGGUAAGUUUUGCGUGGACACGUUGGGCGGGAACGGUAAACACUGGCUGGUUCUUUGGGAAAUGUUUUGUCUUUUGCAGUUCGUUGCAAAUGUCUUCACGUUGGCUUUGUAUGAUUUGAUGUAUGGUCCAAUAACUGUGACUCAAGGGACCAAAUCGAGCCGUUGUAACAGUAAGGUUCCGUAUUGGGCAAGACGGAUCUUCUUGGGGGUGAUUCUGUUGGCACUUCCAGUGGUCAACGGUCUUUUGCCAUUUGCGACAGUUGGUGAAUGGAGAGACCAUUUUAUGUAUAAGUAUCUUGGUGUAUCGGGAACGAUGUCCGACGCUCCGUCGGAUGCGGAUGCCGCAGCGUCGCACUGGUGCUACCACUGCAACAAACGCGUGGACGUAGAAACCAUGGACGACUUGGUCGUCUGCUGCGAAUGUAACAAAGGUUUCGUCGAGUCAAUCCAGCCGAUUCCCGCCGCGUAUUCUUCUUCGACGGCGCCACUUUCCCCAGAUCUGACCGUCGACGACUCGAGUAUCGGCUCGCAUUUCCUCCAGAUGCUCCGUCUGUUGGCCCACGCGCCUUCGCAGCGGUCACCACCACCACAGCUUGAUAUAUUCCCAAUCACAACACGAUCAAGAACCGGACGGAACCGGAUUCUCGAUUGGGCUGAGAUUUUGAUGGGAAUAGAAGACAAUUCGAUCGAGUUCCGUAUGGAAACAGAUCGAUACACAGGGAAUCCGGGAGAUUACGUCGACGACGCAGCAGGUUACGAAGCUUUGCUUCAGAAUUUAGCGGAAGGAGACGGUACUGGUGGUGGGAGGAGAGGAGCACCACCGGCUGCAAAAUCGGCGAUUGAGGCGUUAGAGACUUUCGAGGUUGAGAAAGAGGGAGAGGGAGAGGGAGAGAUGAUGACUGUUGUUUGUGCUGUGUGUAAAGAGGCAAUGGUGAUGGGUGAAAUCGGGAAGAAGCUUCCGUGUGGACAUUGUUACCACGGGAAUUGUAUUGUGCCAUGGUUAGGGACAAGGAACUCUUGUCCUGUUUGUAGAUUCCAGCUUCAGACUGAUGAUGCCGAAUAUGAGGAAGAGAGGAAGAAACGAACUGUCUCUACCUUGACCGAUUCUGCUGCUUCUGCUUCUUCUUCUUCUUCUUCGGCUACUCGUCUCUAA